AUGUCUGAUGAGGAGGCUGCAACAUUUAUUUCCCCACGGAAGAAGAAUCCUCACGGCAAACCUGUUGGCAGCUCACAGAAAAUGAUGAUAAUUAAUUGUUAUAAGCAAUUAAAAUCAGAAAACGACCAAAUUAAAUAUCGCGAUUUGAUGAAACGUAUUUCUGAUACACUUGGUAUUGGAUUGAAUAAGGUGCAAACAACAGUAUCCGAGUACAACCAAAUUAAGACCUUGACUUCACCCAACAGAAAAAGAAACAGACCUCGUGUUGUGGAUAAAAUAGAUGAUUUUGACAAGAACGCUAUCCGGAGAAAAGUACAUUCAUUUUGGCAUAAUAAAGAGCUACCGACACUUGCGAAGGUAUUAACCGCUAUAAACGAAGACAAUACAUUGCCAAAUAUGAAGGAAACCUCUUUACGGAAAGCUUUGAAGAGCUUGAAUUUCAAAUUUACAAAACGCCAGAGAAAUAGUAUUUUAACAGAGAGAAGAAAAUAUUUAAUUUCAAUUCGUCGUUUUCGUGAAGAAGGUAGACCUAUAUAUUACCUCGAUGAAACUUGGCUCAACACCGGUGAUUGUGUGAGUAAGGUGUGGGUUGACACAACCGUUACUUCCAGUAGAAUGGCAUUCCCGGAAGGUCUAUCUACAGGCCCCCAAAACCCAAGUGGCAAAGGUACCAGGUUAAUUGUUGUACACAUUGGGUCUGCAGCUGGUUUCGUGUCAGGUGGUCUAUUGUGUUUCCAGUCAAAAAAAAAUUCAUCAGAUUACCAUGAUGAAAUGACUGGUCAAACAUUUCAAGAAUGGUUUGAGGAAAUAUUGCCUCUUUUAGAAGACAAUGCCGUGAUUGUGUUGGAUAAUGCACCAUAUCACUCCGUGAAAAAAGAAAAAACUCCUACGACGAAUUGA